UUUUCUAGACCUUCUGUUCCAUCACAGGUAACAGACCCUUUCAUUCGUUCAAGCGUUUUAUCCCGUGAAGCUGAUGAACUAGAGAGUGAAAUUAGAGUUUUGAGAUUGAAGCAAGAAAUGUUGGCUCUUCGAAACCAAAUUGAAUCUUUAGAAAACGGUGGAAAAAAGGUUUCUACAAAUAUCAAUUAUGACGAGCUCUCUAUGAUGGUUCCGAAAUUUUCUGGGAAUGAUGGACGAAAUAUUGAAAAAUGGAUAAACUCUUUUGAAAGCUACACUACACAAUAUGACUGACCAAGAAAAAUAUAUGUGCUUAAGAUAUUUGCUGGUUGGAACUGCGCGAAAGUUCAUGGAAAAUUCAAAUUACAAAGAAUAUAAGGAGUUGAAGAGAUCGCUCUUAGACAUUUUCAAGAGAACGGUAACGCAAGAAGAAGUUUAUCAAAAAUUGCGUUUGCGCAAGUUGAAGCCAACAGAGCCGUGUAUUGCCUAUAUAGUAGCAAUGCAAACUAUUGCAGCAGAAGGCGAAAUCAACGAGCAAGAACUGGUUGACAUUAUAAUAGACGGAAUGGAAGAUAAAACCAACAACAUAUCCAUUCUAUACGGAUCAAACUCAUUACAAGAAUUGAUGCAUGGAAUAGAUAGAUACGAGAAACGCAGGUCAAAAACAGUCAGUACUCAUAAAGAAGGCCGUGACAAUACUAAAGGCAUACGAUGUUUCAAUUGCUCUCAAUUUCGACAUAUGAAGAACACCUGCAAUAAGCCUCGACGUCCACCGGGAUCUUGUUUCCAUUGUUUCCAAAUGGGACAUUUUUACAAGGAUUGUCCUAAAAGGAUGAAUGUUACUGCUCCCAUAUUUUGUAGUAAUGAUAUUGUAGACACAACACAAAUGCCCAAUUAGUUUGGUUAAGAUGUCUUUAUUACCGACUGGUGUGAUACGUUCGAAGAAUUUAAUACCAACUUCGUAUGUUGGAGUUGGCAAUUCCCCUUUGA